CAGUACACGAUAAGCAAUUAAAGAAAAUUCAAAUGUUUAAUAAAGCUAUAAAGAGCGAUGAUUCUAAUUUAGCAACAGAGUUUUUGAAUGGCUCGAGAUGGGAUGUUCAGAAAGCUAUUCAGUGCUAUCAUCUUUACUUAUGAGUUAAAGAUAAGGAUAGUGGCAAUUCUAUUGUGUAUAAUCGUCGCAGUGAGCCUACUCACAAGAGAAGGACGUCUGAGCAGAAGCUAAAGCAGAAAAAUAAUAGAAAACCCCCUUCAAAGAGAGUGAACUCGACAAAGGCUUUGCCAACAUCUAACUGGGCUAAGUCAGAUUUCAUUUCUUCUAUUAUUGAAGGCGUAAGUAACUUUGUUGAUACAAACCUGAGAGACAAAGAUGGCUCCCAUGCUUCUGAGAAAAAGGAGAGCUAUGUCUCAGAGAAGCCCAAAAGAAUUACAUUUUCAAAGAUGGAAUCCAAUGAAGUAGGAGAGACUGAUGAAUCUGGCCCUUCUAAAAUCCCAAUUGCUGAAUAUAAAAGCCAAAUUAAAGAAUCGUAUGAAGAGGAAGAUAUGAAGGGAGAUGAAGAAGGAUCUCAUUUAACCGAAUAUCAAAAACACACCUUGACCACUUUACUAAGCAACAUAACAGAAGAAGAUGGAGAGAGCACCUCGAGGCUAACAGCUUAUUUUGGUGAGUCUCUUGUAGAUGAUAGUCCAACAAACCCUUUCAUGGUAGAAGAAUUCAGCCCAAAGAAGAUAUAAUUUUUGUUAAUAACUUUCAUUUAAAUUUUUCU